UGUGUGUGUCACAGAAUCGUGGGUAGGAAACGCUCAGCUGUAUUUAAGCAGGCAAAGUUCCUCAUCUGAAAAUAAUCAAAGGCUCACGGCUGAAGACCUGCUUUCUCUCCCGGCAGAUUUUCAUCCCAAAACUACAUUCUACAGUCACAGAACAGGAUCGCUGUGCGGCUGAGAUGUGCACCGGUCACUGCUCCAGGUCUGUGGGAAUGGCUCUGAUCCCUAUAGCCAUCAUCUGCAUGCUGGCAAAUGCACUGCUGCUGUUUCCUGAUAUGAAGUACCAGUACCUGACAGAGAGUCAUGUGACCAGAGAGGCCCUGUGGUGCUCUGGGAUCUGGGCUUCAGGGCUUCUGGUGCUUGUGGCCGCGCGAGGUUUUACAACACACUACGAAAAGAAAGGAUGCUGUUAUUUUACUGCUGAGGUUUUGCGUAAGUUGGGCUACACAUGUUUGGCUAUUCUGGCAGCUGGCUUGUGUUUCGUGGUGAGCGGGACGGGGCUGGCGCUGGGACCCCUCUGUUUGCACAACAGCACUGACGGCUUAAAGUGGGGACGGCCAUUAAAACAAGUCAAAACUGGAGAGCAGCUUUACCUCUACGCUCCGGAGCGGUGGCCGUCUGCCUGUGUGGAGCCUCGAGGUGUUGUGAUCUGGAAUAUGGCUCUUUUCUCCAUCCUCAUGGCAGCGAGUGGCCUUCAGCUCAUUUUCUGCGUUCUUCAUCUCCUCACCGCCUUACUAGAGUUCAUGUGCGGACCCAGCUUCUGCAAUAAUAAGGUUGUUCCUGCUUGAAAUGACUAGAGGUUCUAUUCUUUUCCUCUCCAUGUGAGAAUGAGAAGGACAUUUUCUGGGUUAAACAGUCAGCUGUGACUGCUUAACUUAUUUUAAACAGAGAGAGAGAGAGAGAGAAAAAAAAAGGGGAAGUGGAUGGGGGAAGUCAGUUUGCACUGUCAUCACACAUGUCCAUUCCUGAGGGUGAUUUUAGUGACGUAAACUCUGAAUCCCAGAAACACUUGAACACAUAAAAUGCCUUGAAUAAUCCACUAAAAGCACAGAGACAAAUAAGCUGUUUCAAAUAGUCUUUAUUGUAAUAUAUAUAU